AAUAAUAUUCCGUAUCACGUCCAGCUCACCGCAAUGAGUACAUAUGUCACUAUAAGUACUUCUCUUAAUCAUUUAUCUUAUUUGAGUAUACUGAGCGAGACCCCCACAUCUUUAACCUUUUCUUGAUUUAUCAUUCAAGAACUUCCUCGACUAUCAUCAAUGCCGAACUUGACACUCUACCUAGCCAACGGCUCGUGCGCCUUUGUGCCUCACGCCGUUCUCCUCCACUUUGGCAUCCCACACACCAUCGUACCCAUGAAAUUCGGGCCCGAGGGAAUCGAAUCCGUGGAUGGAACCAUCUCCCACGCUGAUUAUUUAAAAAUCCAUCACUGGGGAAGCGUCCCCGCUUUAGAUGUCGAUGGAGAGAUCAUUACGGAAGGGGUAGCCAUCGUCAACUACAUCUCAUCUCUUGUACCUGAAGCAAAUCUAUUCACGAAUGAUGAGGGCAUAGGCCGUGCGAGAGUAGCUGAAUGGCUCAAUUGGCUCUCUGGCACGUUGCACGGAGCUGGCUUCGGUAUGAUGGUUCGCCCUCGUCGGUUCACAGACGACCCGGCCGCCGUCGAACUUGUCCAAGGGAAGGGCGAGGAUCUUGUCGGGAAAUGCUUCACGAGGAUUGACACGCGACUCAAGGAUAGGGAUUUUGCAGUCGGAGAUGCAUUGACAGUUGCGGACUUUUACCUCUACAUAUUCUCCCGUUGGGGUAAAGAGCUCGGAUUUGACAUGGAGGCUGACUACCCAAAUUAUGUUAGGCUUGUCUGUCGCUUGGAGUCUGAAGAAGGGAUCAGUAAGGCAAUCAAGGCGGAGAACCUUGAGUUUCUCUAUUUGUGAUAUGAUUACAGCAUAAGAUGUCUACACUUAAUUGUAGUGAGCCAUUAUUUUGUAAAUACACCUUACUAGAAGAAAGAUACGUGAAUUCCAAC